UCCUGUGCGCCGAGGCCGCCGGGCGAGGGCGCUCGGAGGGCCUCGGGCGGCUGCGAAAGCCUCGCAGCCGGAAGCCGCUGACCUCGGGGCCUGGAUUCACCUCGCAAAAGAGUACUCCAUUGUAAGGAAAAUGAGUCGUUCCUCAAAGGCAUUGGUUACUGGUGUUUCAAAAUCAGAUAAUCCACCUUCAGGAAAAGGCCGCAAAGUACAUUCGUCAAAUAUUUUAAAGACAAAGACAAUACAAGAAGUUAAUAAAGAUAUUUCAGCUCAAACGAUACAGAGAGCUUGGUUAGCUCAUAUGGACAAAACAAUAUUUCAGCUCCUAAAGCACACAAUUUGUGCAGCGGAGCAUUUUGUGUCGCAUGAAAUACUGAAGAAAGUGAGCCCCUUAGAGGCUGAGCUUGUUAAAGAUCCUAGCAUGAAGUGUAAAGUUAGAUUCAGAUUUAGUGGCGAAACAUUUCCACCUUUCAUCGUGUUUAAAAUUUUUCUUCAUACCGAAGGCCAGGGUUACAAGUAUUUCAAUGGAAAAAAUUUAUUAAAGCCGUCAAGUGAGGCAGUGGUUGAUGCUUGUGAAAUAAUGGGGAAAAAGAAAUUUUACCAUCAAAUUAUGGAAGAUGAAUAUCUUUUCCAGAAGUUCAAAAUAAGUGAUAAAAUAGAUAUUGUCACCCUGAAAGAUUACAUGCAAUAUUCCAGUCUUCUGGAUGAGACCCCUGCGUCUUCUGGUGGCAGAAAUAACUACUGGCGAAGAUUAAACCUCAAAAACAUUCCCAAGACAAUGAUAAUAUAUGACAUAGUUGAUUAUGCAGAAUCUGGAAUAAUCUCAAACCGUCUACGAAAAGAAAUGAAGCAUCUGUUACAGAGACCACAGACAGAAGAGAUGCGUCAGCGCCAGCUCCGGAUUGUUUCUGAAAUUAGGUGCCCUUCAUCCUUCUCAAAUAUUCAACCUUUAUAUCGGCCCUACCAACAGCAAAGUCAAAUUAAACAUCUGGGUCGUCGAUCGAAGCAAGCUCAAAUGAAAGUUGAGAAAAUGAAAAAAGCUUUUAAGAUGGCUAAAGAAAAAAAUGCUUCUGUGGGGACUGAACCGCAAAUGGACACACCAGGUACAAAGCAACAAAAGACGAUGGUUUUCUCCACUCCAUCUUUUGACAUUGUGAAAGUCAAUGAACUCAUGUCGGAUGACAAAUUGGAAAAAGAAGAAAAGGAAUUAUUUGCUUGGUGUCAAGACUUGUGUAUUAAUAAUUCUCUAUCAUGUUAAUGCACAGCUAAUUGACAGAAAACCAAGUUAUUUAACAAUCUGCUUGUCUGUCUAUAAAUGAUGAGUAUGAGUAUUAAAGGAAAACAAAAUAUAAACAAGCCCUCAGUAUGCUCUCUUAACUAAAUGCAUGACAGAUUUUUAAGCUCUUUUUGUAUUACCAUAGCUACCAAUAUUUUUUACUGACAGAAUUUUAAUCUCAAUAAAUUAUUUUGACUAGAUGCCCUCAAACUAACCAUAUACAGUUUUGUUCAAGAAAUGAUGAGUAAAUUAGUCCCUGGAACUUUUAUUCAAUUGUGAUUUUCUUUCAUUUAAAAAA